AUGCCCGACUUCCCCCCACCCCCACCAACGUUCAGCGAGAAGAAGGCCAAAAUCAUUGCGCAGCUUCAGCUUCCUCCCGAAGAGUACACGGACCUAUCCCCCAAGGGCUCGGUCGAUGAGGCCCUGAUUGACGUGAUCGAUGAGGUCAAUGCCGUAGAGGGCUUCGUCACGACGAGCAGCUGCGCGGGACGCGCUAGCGUCUUCCUCGAGGGGAGUAGGGUGCGUCCGGAGGCGGGAAGUGGAGAGGGCAGUACCGUUGCUGGGGUUGGCGGGAAGGGAGGUGGGGGAACGUGGUUGUACGUUUCGCAUGACCCUUUCGCGAAUACGUCUCCUGGGAGAGACUGGGAAGCCGUGUUCGGCCUAAAUGGCGAUGAUGGCGAGUCUGCGCGUGAUGAGGAGAAGAGGUUCAUCCACUUCAAAUUCGAGCCAAUGAUCCUCCACGUCCUUUCAGCCUCCCUAGAGCACGCGCAAGCCCUCUUACGCUGCGCACAACAGGCGGGAUUCCGGGAAAGCGGCGUGAUAAACGUAACCAGUGCGGCCGGAGAGUCGGACGUCAUCCCGAUAGUCGCCAUCCGCACGAUGGGGCUGGGUUUUGAGUCGCUGAUUGGCUUCCAGGUCAAGGGGAAACGGCAGUCUAUGGUGUCUACGUCUUAUCUGGAGACUCUUGUAGACCUUGCCAAUACUAGGUUCGUGGAGAACAAGAAGAGGAUAGAGAGGUUUCGUUCGGGAUUCGAAAAUCUCAUUGCGAAUCGUAAGUCGGGCCGAGAGAAACCGGAAGGGUGGGAGGAUAGCGAGGCGCGGAGAGCUCGUAAAAGGGCUGAGGGUUUGAAGCGAAGAGAAGAAUUGAAGAAGGCGGAACAACUCCAGAAUAGAGACGGCCAUCCAGACGGGGCCGAGGGCACCGCGGACCUUUUUACAGAUUUAGGGCUAUAA